AUGAGUCAAUUUUCUGAUAUAACUGCAUUAUUAGAGGCUUCAGGAGAGUCCACUUCUGAAAGAGCAUAUGAAAAAGCACAAGAGACACAGGACCAGUUGAACAACGUCUCACUGGACAUUGCUGUAACUGGAGAAACUGGGUCAGGAAAGUCAGCUUUCAUUAAUGCAAUCAGAGGACUGAGUGAUGAUGAUGAAGGUGCAGCUGAAACUGGAGUUACUGAAACCACCACUGAACCAACCCCUUACCAACAUCCAACAAUGCCUAAUGUGACUUUCUGGGAUCUUCCUGGAAUCGGAACCACAAAAUUUAAGGCUAAAGAUUAUCCUAAGAAGAUGCAGUUUGCAAGGUAUGAUUUCUUCAUUAUCAUCUCAUCUGAGAGAUUCACAGAGAACGACAUCCUGCUGACUACAGAGAUCAAAAAACAGAAAAAGCUGUUUUACUUUGUUAGAUCAAAGAUAGACAACGACGUCAAUGCAGAACAAAGUAAAAAAAACUUUAACAAGAAAGAAAUGCUCAGUAAAAUCAAGCAGAAUUGUGUAAAAAACCUUAAAGAAAUUGAAAAUCCUAAAGUUUUUCUCAUCUCCUCCAGAAAUGUUUUUGCAUUUGAUUUUGAUAUUUGA